UAAAAUUAGUGCAACUGAUUAUAAAUUGGAUUAGUGGUGGUGUAUUUUAAGAUGAAUAAUUAACUUAAUGAUAAAGUUGUUUAAUAUCGGAUAUUACCUAAACAAUCAUAUAAAUGAGAUAAAUAUGGAAUCCAAAGUGAGUUGCUUUUUUUUUUUUUUAAAAGAAGUAAAAACAAAACCCAUAAUAGUUGUUGAACAAUAUCUUGAACAGACCACGCAUAAAGAGCCAACAGGUAAGAAGAUCUCAAAAGAGAUUUUACCAAAGCUCAGAAGAUGAAAGGUGAAAUGAACACUGCUAAGACAGAAACUAAAGGUUUUGUCCCACAGAGCAAAAAGUUAGAUUCAAAAAAAGACUCCAAAAGUAAAAAGACUUCACAACAGUCCCCUUGCCAAGAAGAAAUUUCUGCAAAAAGAAGACAAAAAAAUCUAAAGUGGAACAAAGCCAAUUUCUAGUAAAGGACACAAAAAAGGGGUCUAACAUUAUCUCAGAAGCUGCCUUCAAAUCUGAAUCAGAGUCAGAGCAAAUGAAGGAAAAUUCUCUCACCAAGGUGACAUCUUUUCUCCAAGAUGUGGGACAGGGAGGUCCUGCUUGUUUACUUGGAGAUACAGCACUCAGUCAGUUCCUUUCCCAGUCUACACCCCCAAAAAUGCCAAAACCUCUUUCAAAACAGAGAACUCUGUCUGACGUUUCGUCCCUGAGUGAGCCUCUUGAGGUUUCAGGACAAGAGGAGACAAGAGAGGCCAAGAAGACUGCUGCAACCAUCAGUGUUAAGGCAGAGCCAGAAACUUCAGAUGGGGACCUGGAAAGAACCAGCACUGAGUCCAAAACCAAGGCUCAUUCUGAGGAGGAAAGCGAGGGAUCUGUGAAUAGAAGAGAUGAGAGUAAGGAAGUGGAUGACCAAGAAGAAGAAAGUGAGGGAUUGGUGAACAGAAAGGAGGGGAGUGAGGAAGUGGAUGACCAAGAAGAAGAAAGCGAGGGAUUGGUGAACAGAAAGGAGGAGAGUGAUGAAGUGGAUGACCAAGAAGAAGAAAGUGAGGGAUUGGUGAACAGAAAGGAGGGGAGUGAGGAAGUGGAUGACCAAGAAGAAGAAAGCGAGGGAUUGGUGAACAGAAAGGAGCAGAGUGAGGAAGUGGAUGACCAAGAAGAAGAAAGCGAGGGAUUGGUGAACAGAAAGGAGCGGAGUGAGGAAGUGGAUGACCAAGAAGAAGAAAGCGAGGGAUUGGUGAACAGAAAGGAGCGGAGUGAGGAAGUGGAAGACAGAGAGGAGGAAAGUGAGAGCAAGACCCUAGCAAAAGAUGAUGAUUCUGAGGUUGAUGAUGAUACGAUGAUCAAAGCUUCUAGUGAGGAUGAGGAAAGUGAGGAAGAGGAGGAGAAAAGUAAAAGUGAGGCUACUGAGGAUCUAGAGAGUGAAGCUGAAGAAGAGGAGAGUCAUAGAAUGGAAGAUGAGGAAGAGGAAACAAGUGAGAUAAGUAGAAACAGUGAAGAAGAGACCGGAGAAGAUGAGGGUGAAAGCAAAACAAGUGAAGGGAAAGAGGAGGAGGAGAGUGGAGAGGAAUCAGAGGGAAAGACAGAGAGCAGAAGUGACAAAUCAGAGGAAGAGUCAGAUGAAGAAGAAGAGGAUGAGGAGUCCGAGGAAAGAGAUAGUGAGAAUGAGGAAGAAAGUGAAGUGGAAGGUGACAGUGAGGCAGAGGAGGAUGAAGACGUUGAAAAGACUAGCGAGGAAGAGGAGGAAGAUUUAGAAAAGCAGGAGAGUGAGACUGAAGAUGAGGAAGAUGAAGAGGAGAGUGGAAAUGAAGCAGAGGAGGAGGAGGAAAGUGAGGAAGAUAAAGAGAAAAAUGAGAAGAAUGAGGAAGAUAAAGAGGAGAGCGGGGGAGGUCAAGAGGAUGAGGAGGAUGAAAGUGACGAAGAUGAAGCAAUGAGUGAGAAUGACGAAGAAGAGGAAGAAGAAGAUAAUGAAAAUGAAGAGGACGGAAAACAGGAGAGUAACAAGGAAGAAGAAGAAAGUAAUGAUGAGGAGGAAGAGGAGGAAGAAUGUGAAGAGGAAGCAGAGGAGGAAGAGUCUGAAGAAAGAGAGGAGACAGAAGAAGCAGAGGACGAGGAGGGAGAAGAGGAGAACAAUCAAGAAGAAGAUAAAGAGAAAAGUGAUGAAGAGGAACAAGAAGAAGAAGAAGAGGAAAAGGAAAAGGCCAAAAGAAAACACGACAAAGCAGCUGAAUCCACCAAACCAAAGUCAAGUGUGGAAACACCAAAACAGCCAUCAAAAGCCAAACGGAGCCAAGCGCAAGACCAUCAAUCAGAUGACGAGUCCCAUGAGUCUAAGCAGUUUUGGGAUGAUGUUCUACCUCAAUACCUUAAUCUAAAAUAAUUCAGCACCCUCAACCCCAUCUUUAUUUAGUUAGUGAGUUAAUGAGCUUGCCGUUUCAUGCUUGCCGUUUGUGUCCUUUUUUGCUUUCGUCUUUUCUUUUUUUUUCACCAUUAUUCUUGCAAUUUGACCAAUGGUAAUCUUACUAAAUGUAUUGCUUCACCUUUUUUUGUAUUUGUUUUACAAACUAUUUUGUAAGUAAUUAUAUGCCCAGGCAGUAGUGAAGCGCUCCUGAUGUGCCUUAGGAUUUAUCUAGUGGACAGCCAUGUUCUUUUACUAACAAAUGUGCUUGAUUUGUCAGUAACCUUGAAACACCCCUUAAAUGACUUUUCAAUUCUUAAAAAUAUUAAAUUAUUUAUCUUCUGCCUUUAUGUCAAAUCCUUAACCAUAUUAAAAUGGCAGCUUGAAAUCUUUAUGAUUUAGUUCAAAUUUUGCACUUGUGCUUAUUCUGUGAACUUUUUUUGUUAUGUAUAAUGACCAAUAAAACUUUUCUUUUACUUCAA